GCUGCAAAAUCAAAGCCCUACGUGCCAAGACCAACACGUACAUCAAGACGCCGGUCAGGGGUGAGGAGCCCGUUUUCAUCGUGACUGGGAGGAAGGAGGAUGUAGAGAUGGCAAAGAGGGAGAUCCUCUCGGCCGCCGAGCACUUCUCCAUGAUCCGGGCGACACGCAACAAAGUGAACGGGCUGACGGGAGCGAUGCAGGGGCCCCCCAACCUGCCGGGCCAGACCACCAUCCAGGUGAGGGUCCCGUACCGUGUAGUGGGGCUGGUGGUGGGGCCCAAGGGAGCCACCAUCAAGCGGAUCCAGCAGCAGACACACACCUACAUUGUGACACCCAGCCGGGACAAGGAGCCUGUCUUCGAGGUGACGGGCAUGCCGGAGAACGUGGACCGGGCUAGGGAGGAGAUCGAGGCGCACAUCACCAUGCGGACAGGCUCCUUCAUCGAUGUCAAUGCCGACAACGACUUCCACUCCAACGGCACCGACGUCUGCCUCGACCUGCAGGGCAGCACGGCCAAACUCCCCUACAGCACCAGCAGCGGCUUCACCUUCAGCGAGCCCCCGGCCCCGCUGGGCUCGGAGGAGUGCGACUUCGGCUUCGAUUUCUUGGCCCUCGACCUCACGACACCCACCACCAUCUGGUCACCCUUUGAGCGCUCAGGCAACCCCUUGCAAGCCUUAGACAGCGGCACGGCCACGCCGCGCCACUCGCCCACCCUCCCCGAGAGCAGCGGCGUCACCCUGGACCACCCCUUAGCGCGCCGCAUCCAGAGUGACCCCGUCAGCACCUUGUCCUGGUUGCCCACACAAGGUUCACUCUCCUCCUUCUCCAACAGUACCGGCUAA